GAGAACAUGGUUAACAAAACCCAAACUAUUCCCUAGUCCGCGUCUACGUCGCGUAAUCUGAUCUUAGUUAUUAUUUAUUUAUUGUUUAUAUAUUAAACAUAAUAUCGUCUUUUUCUUUUCAAAUGGUAUGUCUUUUUCUUUAUGUCCUAUAUAUUAAUCAAUCUUCUUACACAGUUGAUACUAAAAAGUUGCUACCUCUUUCAUAAAUCAAAGUCACUUCGUUAGUUCCACUAAAAAGCGGAAAACACGUAGAUACUUGUCUCAUGGCCGGCAAAUUUGACUCAUAGAGGUUUAGCUCUGUCUGAAAAUUUUGAGGAAUCUCAGAUUCUCUUGUUGUUUACGGGCAAAUAAAAAUGGCGGAAAUGGGAGAAGGAGAUGAAACAAUAGAAGGGCGAAACAUAGGAGCUAUGUGGGAUUUAGAGCAGAAACUUGAUCAGCCAAUGGAUGAAGAAGCACAUAAGCUCAAGAACAUGUACAAAGAAAAGGGUUUAUCAACCUUGAUGCUUCUGAGGUUGGCCUUCCAGAGUCUAGGGAUAGUUUAUGGAGACUUAGGGACUUCUCCCUUGUACGUGUUUUACAAUACAUUCCCUGAUGGAAUAGAUGACACGGAAGAUGUAAUUGGAGCACUUUCUUUAAUCAUUUACUCUCUCUUGCUAGUCCCUCUCAUCAAAUAUGUCUUCAUUGUAUGCAAAGCUAACGACAACGGUCAAGGUGGGACUCUAGCUAUUUACUCGUUGCUCUGCAGAAAUGGUAAACUGAAACUAAUCCCGGACGAGCAACGUAGUGACCAGGAGCUCACGACAUAUGGCCGUACUUUCUUGCCUGAGGGGUCUAUCGCUGCGAAAACCAUGAAUUGGUUGGAGAAGAAAGACUCUAGGAAGAGAGCGCUUCUGAUAAUUGUUCUUGUAGGGACUUGCAUGACGAUUGGUGAUGGCAUCUUUACCCCGGCUAUCUCGGUUCUUUCAGCUACUGGUGGGAUCAAAGUUAACAAUCCACAGAUGAGUAGCGACACCGUUGUGAUCGUCGCUGUUCUUAUUUUGGUGGGUCUGUUCAGUAUGCAGCAGUAUGGUACGGACAAAGUUGCAUGGCUCUUUGCACCUAUCGUCUUUAUCUGGCUUCUGUUUAUUGGAGCCACCGGGUUAUACAACAUCUGCAUAUAUGAUACAAGCGUUCUAAAAGCCUUUUCUCCCACAUAUAUAUACAAGUACUUCAGACGGAGAGGGAGAGAUGGUUGGGUUUCCCUUGGCGGAAUUCUGCUAAGCAUAACAGGGACUGAGGCACUAUACGACGACAUUGCUUAUUUCCCAUUAUUAGCUAUACAGCUUGCCUUCACGUUUUUCGUGUUCCCUUGUCUUCUUUUAGCAUAUUGUGGCCAAGCUGCGUACCUUGUCAAAAACAAAGAUAACUACGCAAAUGCAUUCUAUGAAUCUAUCCCGGAUAGUAUAUAUUGGCCAAUGUUUAUAGUUGCCACCGGAGCUGCUGUUGUUGGAAGCCAAGCUACAAUAUCAGGGACAUAUUCGAUUAUCAAGCAGGCUGUGGCUCAUGGGUGUUUCCCUCAAGUUAAAGUCGUUCAUACUUCAAAGAAGUUUCUUGGUCAGAUUUAUAGCCCGGAUAUCAACUGGAUACUCAUGGUUGGUUGCAUAGCCGUGACUGCUAAAUUCAAAAAUCAGAACCAAAUAGGGAAUGCAUACGGGACAGCGGUUGCGGUUGUGAUGCUUGUGACCACAUUACUCAUGGUGCUUCUUAUGCUACUCGUGUGGCAGUGCCACUGGAGUCUCAUCCUCGUAUUCACCGUGCUGUCACUCGUGGUGGAAGGCGCGUACUUCUCCGCAGUUCUUUUAAAGGUUAACCAAGGUGGUUGGCUUCCGCUAGUCAUAGCAGCGGUCUUACUUGCUGUAAUGAUCGUCUGGAAUUACGUAAAAAUCAAGAGAUAUGAGUUCCAAGUGCAUAGCAAAGUUUCAAUGAGCUGGAUCAUCGGCCUUGGCCCUAGCCUUGGGCUUGUCCGUGUCCCAGGGGUCGGGAUAGUCUACUCAGAGCUAGCGAGUGGUGUUCCUCACAUUUUUUCUCAUGUCAUCACUAACCUCCCGGCGAUUCAUUCGGUCGUAGUCUUUGUCUGCGUCAAGUACCUCCCUGUUUAUACUGUCCCCGAAGAAGAGAGGUUUCUAGUGAAGAGAAUCGGAUCCAAGACGUUUAGAAUGUUCCGCUGUGUCGCCAGGUACGGUUAUAAAGAUCUACACAAGAAAGACGACAAUUUCGAGAACAAGCUGUUUAACAACCUGUUCUCUUUCAUCCAAAUUGAAAGAAUGAUGGAGCCAGUUUCGAACUCAAGCAACAGCAGCAGUCCUUCUAUCUGUAGCCAGCCGCAUCAGUCCAUAGAAUUAUUGAUCAACAAUAACGACAUGGACAUGUUCUCUUCAAUAGUGGACUACACGGUAUCAACACUGGACACAAUCAUCCCCCUUGAUAUACCGAGAAAUGCAGCUAGCUUCUGCCAGGACAGAGCGGUGGGUGAGGAGGAGACAAACGAGCUUGAGUUUCUAAAGAAUGGUAGAGAAUCAGGAGUUGUUCAUAUUCAAGGAAACACUGUUGUGAAAGCAAGAAUAAAUUCUUCGCUUCCUAAGAAGAUUGCCAUUAAUUAUGUUUAUGCUUUUCUUAAAAAGAUUUGUAGAGGGAACAACGUCAUCUUCAAUGUUCCUCAUGAGUCCCUUUUAAACGUCGGACAAGUCUUUUAUGUCUAGAGUUUAUCAUGUUUUUUUUAAGGAGUUAACAUUCUCAGAAUGUUUUUACACAGUUAAAGUUUGAUCUC